AUGCUGAAAGCAGCACUGGCGCUCAAGGGUGAGGACAACAGAGCGAAACCGGAAAAAGCCGCAACUUUCAAGCCAUCCCCAGGCAGAGGAUCAGCAGUUAAAACAAUGGGAAAACAAAUCCUAGUGGACAAAUCAGAAGCUAAAAAUCCCUUAAAGGCCGAAAAUCCUGUGGAAAAACUGGGUGUGCAGUCCAAUUGCCGAGAAAUGUCAUGUAUAAUUAAGCAGUUGGAGAGAGAACUUCAACUGCUGAAAAAGGACGGUAAAGUUGCUGUGGAAAGGAAUAAGAAUUCGCUUCUGCACAAUUACGGAGCCAGUUAUAGACAUCACGAAGGUGAGGGUAGUAUGGAUCAAUUGUUGGAAGCAUGGGAGGAGGAAGAUGGCAUGACUCCGGAUAGCUUUGAACCCCGCUCGUUUUUCCUCAUGCAUGGUAACUACUCAUUUCCAAAAAGCACAAAGUAUAACCCACCCAUCCGAUCGAAUCAUCGCGAACUGAUCAACGGUGCCCACCGACGAAAAUCCGUAUACGACAACCAAUGUGAACACUUCAGAAGCGAAGCAAGCAAAUUACUGGACACAUUGGAUGGAACAAAUAAAGAACGUUACAGAAGAGACAUCAACCGCAAACCGUCUGAAAACCCGAAUGAGACCAAACAGAAGGCUUGA